CGGGCUUUCGCUUCUCAGCGCCGCCAGGCCUGGGGGGCCUCGACCGGGGCGCUGUCCGAGUUACCAUGAGGGGCCGUGGGCUCUCCUGAGCCUUUAGGUAGCAUAAACCUCAUUGAUCAUGGCAUCGGUGACUCCAUCAUUUACCUUCAAGGAGUUUUGCCCCCUUUACUACCUGCUCAAUGCCAUUCCUACAAAGAUCCAAAAGGGAUUCCGUUCCAUUGUGGUAUACCUCACAGCACUUGACACCAAUGGGGACUACAUCGCUGUGGGCAGCAGUAUUGGAAUGUUGUAUUUAUACUGCAGGCGCCUAAACCAGAUUCAAAAAUACAAUUUUGAGGGGAAAAAUGAAUCUAUUACUGUUGUGAAACUUUUGAGCUGCUUUGAUGAUCUUGUUGCUGUUGGAACAGCUUCGGGCAAGAUUGCAAUUUUUCAGCUUGUCUCUUCGUUGCCUGGGAGAAACAAACAACUUCGACGGUUCAAUGUGUCUGGUUUCCACAAAAGUAGCAUCACAGCCUUGGUAUGGAGUCCUAAUGGAAUGAAACUAUUUUCUGGAGAUGACCGAGGGAAAAUAGUCUAUUCUGCUUUGGAUUUCGAUCAGGGCCGUUGCAACUCUACUUUGGUACUGGAGGAGCCAUCUUCAAUUGUACAGCUGGAUUAUAGCCAGAAAGUAUUGCUCAUCUCGACUUUACAGCGAAGUCUACUUUUUUAUACCGAGGAAAAGUCUGUCAAGCAAGUUGGAACCCAACCCAGGAAAAAUACUGGUAAAUUUGGAGCAUGUUUUAUACCUGGGUUAUGUAAGCGAAGUGACAUAACGCUGUUUGCUACAAGACCUGGGAUUCGCCUUUGGAAAUCAGAUGUCCAUGGGACUGUUGAAGCCACAUUUAUUUUGAAAGAUGUAUUUGCAGCUGGAAUGAAGCCCUUUGAACUGUAUCCUCGAGUGGAAACUUUUAACAGAAGCAGCUGUAAUUUCCCAGAGAGACAGCUUGGACUCAUUUCCUGCUUUUUCCAGGAGGGGUGGGUGCUGAGCUGGAAUGAAUAUAGCAUCUAUCUAUUAGACACUGUAAACCAGACAAUGAUUGGCAGUUUAGAAGGAUCUGGCGAUAUCGUCUCUGUGUCCUGCACCGAGAAUGAGAUUUUUCUUUUAAAGGGGGACAGAGAUAUCAUUAGAAUCUCAAGCAGACCUGAAGGACUGGUGUCAAUAGAUAUAAAUUCAAGAUUGGUGAGUCCAUCGUCUGAUUUGAGCCCGAAGUUACAGAGCCCCCACUCAGUCAUUGCGUCUGUGUCAUUUGAUCCUUCUUUGGAAGCAAACCAAAAAUUAAGCAGUUCCCCUUCGCCCCAAACUCCUGCUGAUAAAAAUGGCUCCCUUGGGAGAGCUGACCUGGAAGUGGAACUGCUAACUGAGAAAAUUCGCUCCCAGAGCUUUGAUGGGCUUGGGGACCUGAACACUGACCCAAGGAGAAGAAGAGGGUAUUCAGUCACAAGUGAAUCAAGAAGCAGGAGCAGUUCUGUGAAUUCUGUGGAUAGCAGCUCCAGUUUUUUGACCUGUGGAGAUCAAACGUCCGAAGUGCAGAGGGACGGUCAGCUUUCUUCGCAGCGGUUCAGCCUGAUCAGCUCUGAAGAUUUCAACCAAGAAUUGAUUGUCAAACCAGUGAAAGUGAAGAAGAAAAAGAAGAGACGACCAGAAAAUGGGGCAAGGAGAAAUCCUAGCUCUUUGGACAGCACACCAUGCUCUGAGCCUCAAAGCUUCACUGCUGGCCCAUUGUUUCUAAAUGCCGACUCAUUCUCUAUCAAUUCUAGCCUGAUGGGCAGCAUUGCAGACCGCUUAAGCAUGAGUUCUGCGGACCGGGAAAGCAUAUUCAGUGUAGAAUCCCAGAACAUGUUGCAGGAGGAAAAUGGCUCUGAAACAUUCAGCGUGCUUCCAUCUCCCGAGUCAGGUGCUGCUCUUACGCCAGAGAACAACGGUGCACCUGACCUGAUGAAAAUUUCUAAGGAUGUGGGUGAAGUACGUGCAUCACCUGCUCUGUAUUGCUUGACAUCGAAUUCUCCCUUCCUUCUCACAGAAGACAAAGCAGGCAGUGAUGAACCUGAACAUAAUCAAAAACCCCAGUCUGAAAGAACUGAGCCUGACUCAAAGCUGUCAUCACAAAAUGAAGAGCAUGUUCCUUUCCCAUGUAAAACGGAGGGCACUUCAGAUACAUUGGAUCUUCUGGGCACCUUAGAUUAUCUCAAAGGGACAGGUUCAGAGAACACUAUGCCUGUGAAUGUACAGAUGGCCUCCAGUACAGUGGAUGGGUCACUUGGUUGGGCUGCAAGUGUUGAAACAGAGCAGAAGCAGAAGGAGCUUCUAGUGGACCCAGUUCUCCCAAAUUUCCCUGAUCUACCGCCUCCUGCUCUUCUUGAAGAAAAGCCGUACCCUCAAGGAAGUUUAUUAUCUGGUCAGGACUUUGGGGAGGCAUUCAGUGUCAACUCCAACCCUAACACCCCCAGGGAGUGGAUAAGCGACACCCAUGAAACCAGAGCUGAGAAAUCGGCGUCAAGUGAUGAGGAGGAUAUCUAUGGACACAGCUUACCUUAUUCUUCUUCUGAGACGAGUGUGGCAGAAAUGGGGGUCUGCCAUCCUUCGCAGGAUAAAGCCAAAGCCAGCGUAGACGAGGGAGCCCUUUUAAAGUCUGAUCAGUUUGCAGAAAGCUGGAUGGGCUACACAGGUCCUGGUUAUGGAAUACUCAGCCUGGUUGUCUCCGAUAAAUACAUCUGGUGCCUGGAUUACAAAGGUGGUCUGUACUGUAGUGUUUUGCCUAGUGCAGGUUUGCGCUGGCAGAGAUUUGAAGAUAAUGUCCAGCAGGUGGCAGUCUCUCCUACAGGGACUCUUCUCUGGAAGGUUGAACAAAAAACCUAUAAAGCUUUUGCCUGUGGAAAAGUAACAAUAAAAGGAAAACGUCACUGGUAUGAAGCUUUACCCCAAACAGCGUUUGUAUCUUUGAGCGAUGACACUGCCUGGAUUAUCCGAACUAACGGUGAUCUGUAUCUGCAGACAGGCCUGAGUGUGGAUCGUCCUUGUGCCAGAGCAGUAAAGGUGGACUGUCCAUCUCCACUGUCGCAGGUUACAGCCAGAAAUAAUGUGGUCUGGGCAUUAACUGAGCAGCGUGGACUUCUGUACCGUGAAGGUGUGAGCAGCUUUUGUCCUGAAGGAGAGCAGUGGAAGUGUGAUAUCAUCAGUGAAAUGCAAGCUCUAGAGCCAGUGUGUGUUACUUUAGGAGACCAGCAGACAUUGUGGGUUUUAGACAUCCAUGGGAACCUCUGGUUCAGAACAGGCAUUGCUUCAAAGAAACCACAAGGAGAUGACAGCCACUGGUGGCAAGUAAGCAUUACAGAUUAUGUCGUCUUUGACCAGAACAGCCUUUUCCAGACCAUAAUGCAAGCAACCCAAACAGUAGCCACCGCAGCCCAGGUACCUGUUGAGAAACUCCGGACAGCUUUCUGGUCCCAGCCACUUCAGUGUCAGCCAAGCCUCCUUGCUGUCAACAGCAACGGCGUCUGGAUCUCUUCAGGGAAGAAUGAGUUUCAUGUAGCAAAGGGAAGCCUCAUAGGUACAUACUGGAAUAAUGUUGUGCCUCGUGGCACUGCAUCAGCCACAAAGUGGUCUUUUGUGUUGGCUUCUGCAGCUCCAACAAAAGAAGGAAGCUUUCUGUGGCUAUGCCAGAGUAACAAGGACUUGUUCUGUGUCAGUGAUCAGAAUCCACAAUUCCAUCCUUCAACUGUUCAGCUGCCGCCUGAUGGCGAAAUUGUAUACUACUCAGCCUGCCAGGAUGCCAUAUGGAGCCUGGAUAGUCUGGGACAGGUCUUCAUCAGAACACUUUCACCAACUUGCCCAGCUGGGAUGCACUGGACCAAAUUGGACCUCUCUCAGUUAGGGAAAGUUCACUUGAGGUCAUCCGAAUUCGCAAAUCAGCACAUCUGGGCCUGUGACAGUUCUGGUGGGAUCUACUUUCGAGUUGGAACUCAACCUCUUAACCCAAGUUUGAUGCUUCCUGCAUGGAUAAUGAUUGAGCCACCAGUUCAGCCAGUUGGAGUCAAUUUGAUCAGUGUGUAUUCGAGUCCUAACGACCAGAGUCUGUGGGCAAUUGACAGCAAAUGGAACAUUCAUGUACGCGCAGGGAUCACCGAGGAAAUGCCUGUGGGCACAGACUGGGAACAGGUUCCAGGACUUCAGGCGUGUGAGCUGGCCAUAAGUACACGGACUGUUUGGGCACGCUGUCCAAAUGGGGAUAUUGCACGGCGCUAUGGCGUCACAGAUAAGAAUCCUGCCGGAGAUUAUUGGAAGAAGAUUCCAGGAAACGUUUCUUGUUUAACAGUUACUCCUGUAGAUGAAUUGUGGGCCAUUGGUCCUCCAGGGUACCUCCUUCAGCGUCUCACAAAGACUUUCCACCAUUCUCACACCUUGACGAAACAUACCGAUGCUUCAAUGGCAUUUCAUUGCGACGAUUUUGAAGAUGAGUGGGAAGUAAUAUGAAGUCUUCAAGAAUGUAGAACAGUAAAAAUAACAAAACAAAAUGUGUAUGGGAAUCCUGUUACAUGCCAGAUGUCAGGCUUUUGAAGCCAUGGACAUAUGACAGUAUUAGCACUUUGGUUUAAAAAAAAACUU